CAGAGCGGCGGCGCGGCCGGCCCGGCCCGGUGCGGCGGGGAGCGGGCGCUCGGCCGCCGCCGCGAUGAACAGCGUGGGCGAGGCUUGCACCGAGCUGAAGCGCGAGUACGACCAGUGCUUCAACCGCUGGUUCGCCGAGAAGUUCCUCAAGGGCGAGAGCGCCGGGGACCCCUGCGGGCAGCUCUUCAAGCGCUACCAGCUCUGCGUGCAGAAAGCAAUCAAGGAAAAGGACAUACCCAUUGAAGGCCUCGAGUUCAUGGGCCCAAGCAAAGGAAAAACUGAAAACUCCUCUUGACCUCAGCUGUAUGGAUGGAGUCACUAACAUGAGCCUUUGGACUAAGCAACAUCACCGGGCGUAUGACUAGACGCCACCUGGAUGAGACCUUGUUAAGCUGCUUUCUAGGAAGCAAAGAAUCUUCUCUGCUUGUAAAAACAGCCACAAAAAAAAAAAAAAAAAAAAAAAGACUGGAUCAUGGGGUAACUACUGCCUCCUUUACAGUGAAUUUUGGUGGCGGUUCAGCAUCUAACAGCUUGAAAAGCCAUUUGAACUAACUUCAGGGUGAAUGUACUCUAUAAUGGGAAAAUGCUUAUUAGAGUGGGCUGAGCUAGUAGUUGCUUUGUGACUGAUUUCUCUUGCUUAUUUAUAUAACACUUGAAGGUGUUUAAAAAGCACAUGAAGGAGGUUGAUUUACUUUGUUUCAUCUCUAUGCUGCUGAAUUUUGGCAGAAGUUUGGUUUAUAUGAUCCUGAAUGCUGAGGGGCUAAAGCAUUGUUUUGUAUCAGCAACAGGGAUGGUAUAAAAGCACUCAGUUGGACCCGCAAUAAAUUAGCAAAAAUAAAUAUAACUAACUUA